AAAAAACUCAACAAACACCAGGCUUCUCAAUGUCGAUCAAGGUGAGUAAUAAGUCAGCUACCUCUAUAGCUCUAUAUUGAAAUGUCUGCUGGCUCGAUUCCUGAUCACUCCUUGCUCUUGAGAGCAAGUGCUUCUGAGAAGUGAAAUGCGGUCACAAAAGUUGAGCGCGUUUGCUAUGUUUAUUGCGUGUUUAUUGCGUGACCAAUAUCAAAUCAAUACCUGACUGGAUUCUAGCAUGUUCACACCCUCAACCCGGUGACAGCUCUUGAAUUUUAUACCGCUGGCGUUGAAAUCCGCCUUCUAUUGGCCGCCGAGGGGUCAUUUCUGAAGGUCUUUAAUGCGGAAAAUUCAGAACUGAUAUCUCAGUGUGAAGUAUUCCAUGAGCAAACUAUCCAUGGGAUUGCCGUCAACAGAGGCUCUCAAGAAAGUGGCUUGGAACUAGUCAUCUGGGGCGGGAACAGUUUGAUACUGCUUAGCAGGCUUGAUUUUGAGCAAAUUCUGCAUGCAAGCGUUACGAGUACUGCUGGUAGAGCCGUGAAGGUUUCGGAUUGGAUUCUGGACGUGGCAAUAUGGGAAUCAUGUUGUGUGCUUGUGACUGCUCACAAUGCUCUUCUUAGAGCCAGCUUCGACAAAAAUCAUCGACCUGUAAUAGAGGAUCUGCCUUCGCCAUCAGAGUCAAUCUUGUACUCCGCACACGUGGUUUGGGAUACCCCUGAGCAGAUUUUGGUGGCAGCAGGAACUGUUUUUGGGGAGAUCAUAUACUGGAGAGGUUCUGUUGCUGAGAAUGGCUCAUUCGGAGACGUUCAAACACUCUUCACUUUCACUGGACAUGAAGGAUCAAUUUUUGGCGUCAAUAUCUCGCCAAUUAUCGUUGGGCAUGGGAAUGAGCAAACCAGACUUUUAGCAAGUUGUAGUGACGAUCGCGCUAUUCGAAUUUGGGAUUUGGCAGAGGAUGCGGAGAAGAAAGGAGUGGGUGAAAAGUCCACUUUACGAGAGACAGGAUUUGGGGAGAAUGAACGGGAUGCGGGAACCAAUUUUCCUGAUGAAAGAUGUCUUGCUAUGGUUAUGGGUCACGCUUCGAGGAUAUGGGGAGUCAAAUUUCUUGUUGGAAACUCCAAGGAUCUUGGGUUUCCUCUCGUCAAUGUUCUGUCAUUGGGUGAAGAUUCUACUGCUCAACAAUGGUCACUAGAACUCGCAGAACAAGUUGACUCUGACGUAGAAAUGGGUGGGGUUGAACCCGUUCUCAAUUCUGGCAUGAAACAUACUGCGAAACUUAUCCAUGUUGAUACAUAUGCCUUUAACAGUGGUAAGCAUAUUUGGUCAUCGGGGUUGGUGCCUGAAGGUAAUGGCAUUUUUCAUAUUGCUACGGGUGGAGCGGAUGGCAAGAUAUCCAAGUACGAUAUAAAGUUGGCCAGAAAAGGAUUCUCUGCCACAGAUGCAUAUACCCAAGACAGCGAGGCCACGAAUGAACCUUCUGAUAGUGAUGUGUCACUAAGUGCGUGGGAUCUUGAAGAAGUCCUCAACCGAUUUUCUCUACAUGGAUCAGAUAAUAUGACAACAUUACAACCAGCUCGAGCUGAGGUUAUUUCAGACCCUGAGCCUAUCCUCGAUUCAAUCUCCGACGAAAAUCCACCGAAAAGGAAGAAAAAGGCAAAAAAAGUACACAAGGACGCUUUUAAUCGUUACGCCUUUGUCACCACAAGCACUUUCAUAACAACCACUACCUUUGGGCGUGUAUUAACGGGCCAACUUGGUGUCUCCACGAUUUGGAACGAGAUAUUCUUGCCACAAUCAGGAAAAGACGAUUUGAGGUCAUAUUCUAUUGUCGAAGGAUUCCCUGAGCUUUCUACGGCAUUUCUUGCUGGGGAUAAUGGCAACAUAUAUUCUUAUCAACCAGGAAACUUGAUUGGUCAAAUUGGAAAGGUUGACGGCAAGGUUGCCGAUAUGUUCAAAAUCCACGAUAUCCAAGCGAAUACUUAUUGUCUGCUUGUUACUACCCUCUCAACUAAAGUCGCCACAUUGUUCUCGGUAAAACCAAUGGCUGACCACACGAUUCAAUACACUCUUCCCGAUGAAUUUGUGGUCACAGCAGGUGGGAUGUACAAUGGUAUGCUAAUUCUGGGCUCGCGUAAAGGUUCCUUAGCUGUUUAUCAUCCGCAAAAUCCGGAACAACCUGUAUGUACAUGGAACGACCAGCGGUUUAGCUCAGGAGAUUCAUUCACAACUAUACUCGUCCUUCCUCCACCAACGGAUAUACCCGAAAAAAUCUACAUUUUAACCACCGGUAGAAAUGGAGUAUAUUCGAUAUUCUCUUUAGGAUUCUACAGCUCGAAUGAAGGACUAAGCGGGGAGAUACAUCCAGUUCAUUGCGGCACUCCAUCAUUCGGACCUAUGAUUGAGGCAGCAUGGUUCGAAGACGGAGAUCUAAUUCUAUAUGGUUUUAAAAGUAAGAACUUUGUCGCAUGGAACGAAACCAAGCAGUAUGAAAUCACAAGCGUAGACUGUGGUGGAGCUCAUCGAAGUUACGCAUACUCUGCUCUCAGUAAUUCGGCAGGUGCUGGCCAUUUCGUUUACACCAAAGCUUCAAAGCUAUACAUCCAUUCACAAUCCAAACCUUCACACGAGAUCAUCAAACCAGGUGGCCAUGGACGGGAAAUAAAAACAACAGCCAUCUCUGGCGACAAGAGGUUCAUCGCAACAGGAGCAGAAGAUACAGCUAUUCGGAUCUGGCAAUAUACAGAGGACUCCAACGCCGAGCUAUCCCCUCACUUCAACAAUCUAGCCGUAGUCCAAAGCCACACAGCAGGAAUCCAACACCUCCAAUGGCACAACUCAACCUACCUCCUCAGCAGCGGUGGCAACGAAGAAUUCUUCAUCUGGAGCAUCUCCACCAUCCCCUCCUUCGGCAUCGGCGUAAUCUGCGAAGCCAGCUGUCCAGACCCAAGCGCCGACCAAGAUCUACGAAUCAUGAGUUUCGACGUAACAUCCUGUCCCAUCCAUCUCUCACCAGACGGACAAGAAAGUCUACUUCUAAGUCUCGCCUACUCAGACUCCACGAUUCGGUGCUACAUCUACAACAAAUUCACCGGCUACAUCCUCAUUGGAACCGGGAACUACACGUCUUCCUGUCUAACCCAAAUCACCCACCUCGAUAUCAAGAACGACACCGUCUGUCUCCUAACCGCCUCAACCGACGGCCGAGUCCCAAUCUGGAAUCUGCCCCUUAUACACCAAUUCAUAGGCGAAGACUUGGACAUGGAGAAUAGUUUCCACCCCUCACCUCCACGGUUAGAAAUGAUCUCAACCUCCAAAAUCCACCAAAACGCCAUUAAAUCCCUAGAUGUCCAGACACACGGAGGAUAUAUAUUCGUCGUUACGGGUGGUGACGAUAACGCCCUUGCCAUCUCUAUUUACCAAUCUUCAAAUAUGGGCGCUAAACCGCAAAUCUUCAUCUUGAGGAAGGCGCACGCGGCUGCUAUCACGGGGAUCUCUAUCCUUCCGAGCUCUUUCUCUUCCGACUCCUUGGAUAUAGGAGAGGGGGCGUUCCGGGUCGUUUCCGCGAGUAAUGAUCAGAGAGUUAAGGAGUGGGAGGUUUCUGUUGCUGUUAGGGAAGGAGAUGGGGGCCUUGAGGUAAGGAUUAGGAAUUCUGGCGAUGUGUUUACGUCUGUGGCUGAUGUGGGGGAUUUGGCGGUGCUUGGUGGAGGGGGGGGAAGAGGGGACGACAGUGUGGGUGUGGGAGAGAGAGUUUUGGUUGUGGGGAAUGGGAUGGAGGUUUGGGGCGUUGGGGGGGUGUUUUAG